GUCUUGCAGAGUGAAUCCUCAAAUGCUUCUGUCACAUCCCCACAACGAGGGCUUGCCUCUGCUACUCCUAUUGCUAUUCCCAACGAACUGAAAUCUAAUUCAUUGAUGCUGACUGGACUAUCUAGAUCUCCGUCAGCCAGACCGCCUCCUUCACCAUCAUCCAUUCUAGUAUCAACAGUAGAUGAUCGCAAGGGGGUUGUGCAACGAGCUCGAUCUGGAACCUUGAGCAGCACUGCUAAUCCCAACAAUCAUAAUAGUCAUUCCAAUGCAAGUGAUAAGCACUCUUGCAACAGUCAUGCUUCCAAUAACUGCACUUCUCAAACUGCAAUGUCCUUUUCCAAAUCCCUCUUGUUUCGAGUCAUGGUGUUCCGCAAGAUCCUUCUAAUAAAUGAUGGCAGGGACAAGGUUCUCAAAUGUGCGCAAUAUGCUGCAAAGCUCUUGCUUUGGCUCUAUUUUUCUAAAGACUCCAAAACCCAUUCAAUUACUCAAACUCAAGCAUCCAAAAUCGCAUCCCAUUUUUCUCUUGCUAGAAAGAUUAUUCGUCUUGGCCAUUGGCUAGAGCCCAUCAAUGAUCACAUGAAUUUAUCGAAAGAAGGAUUGCUUACAAUUCCAAAGGGACUAUCGCUUGGAGAUCAGCAUGUCCGUAUGAUGGCUCCAUUAAAUGCAUGGAUCGGCAUAUUAAACGACAUUGCCGAUGAUGUAAUCUGUCUAUCUAAAAUGGGUGUUCUUCCUCAAUUGCCAGAAAAAUGGCUUCAACGAACAACUGCCAUUUCCGAUCGGUGUUGGUAUGCUUCUAUUUUUAUUGAUGUACACGCAGGAUACCAUAGCAUGCUCGAACUGCACCGGAAGGUUGACUCUGCAUCAGAUCCAGUGCAGCAGCAAGUACUGAAAGACAAGCUGUUUAUGCAGCGGGUCUCCAUGCUCAAACUGGCAAUGGACUUUGCAUUUUGCUCAAUAGAUGUGUUCCAUUUGGGCGAUAAAGUGGAUGACGGUUUACAAGUUGUAACCGGAUUUACUGCAGCAUUAUUGGGCACAUUUAAACUGUAUCGUAAAUUAAAAUGAACAAGAGUCCAAUAUCUUGCU